AUGACCACCUCCUCCCCCAAGCCUGAGAAGAGACGCUGGAGCUUGGGACGGCUGCCUGGGUCCCGGAAAGGGAGCAUGACUCCCAGCAAGAAGCCCUCCGCCCUGGAGCUGGCUGAAAACAGCCCCAAUGCCCACUAUGCCCCUAUGCCCCCCGCCCAGGAGCAGAUGCAGCAGGGCUCCAGCCAGCCGGCGGAUCCGGAUCGGGGCGAGCCGCAGUACAAGAGAGAGAUGGUGGUGGUGAACACGGACUGCCCCCGGCCACACAUCAACUUGGACCCUCGGGUCUCCAUCUACAGCAUCCGCAGACCGCUGCUGAGCAGGACCAACAUCCAAGGCAGGGUCUAUAACUUCCUAGAGAGACCCACCGGCUGGAAGUGCUUCGUGUAUCACUUCACUGUUUUCCUUAUAGUGCUGAUCUGCCUCAUAUUCAGUGUGCUUUCUACAAUUGAGCAAUAUGCAACUCUGGCCACAGGGACAUUAUUUUGGAUGGAAAUUGUAUUAGUGGUGUUUUUUGGAACGGAGUAUGUGGUUCGCUUAUGGUCAGCAGGAUGCCGUAGUAAAUAUGUUGGAUUAUGGGGAAGGCUUCGUUUUGCUAGGAAGCCUAUUUCUAUCAUUGAUUUAAUUGUAGUUGUUGCUUCAAUGAUAGUUCUUUGUGUGGGCUCCAAAGGUCAAGUCUUUGCAACCUCAGCUAUCAGGGGUAUCCGCUUUCUCCAGAUCCUACGAAUGCUGCAUGUUGACCGUCAGGGUGGCACAUGGAGACUGUUGGGAUCAGUAGUUUUCAUACACAGACAAGAAUUAAUAACUACCUUGUAUAUUGGGUUUCUGGGCCUGAUUUUUUCAUCUUAUUUUGUGUAUUUGGCUGAAAAAGAUGCUGUGAAUGAUUCAGGACAAACAGAGUUUGGCAGCUAUGCAGAUGCCCUGUGGUGGGGAGUAGUGACUGUUACAACUAUUGGUUAUGGGGAUAAGGUACCUCAGACGUGGAUAGGAAAGACCAUUGCAUCUUGUUUUUCCGUGUUUGCUAUCUCAUUUUUUGCCCUUCCUGCGGGAAUUCUCGGUUCAGGCUUUGCCCUGAAAGUACAACAGAAACAAAGACAGAAACACUUUAACCGUCAAAUCCCAGCCGCUGCAUCUCUCAUUCAGACUGCAUGGAGAUGCUAUGCAGCAGAAAACCCAGACUCUUCUACAUGGAAAAUAUACAUAAGAAAACCUGCCAAAAAUUAUCAUUUGAUGUCACCUAGUCCAAAAUCAAAGAAAUCAGUAAUGGUAUCGGUGAAGAAGAAGUUUAAGACCGAGAAGGACAAUGGACCUUCUUCUCCAGAUAAAAUGUUAACUGUUCCACAUAUCACUUAUGACCAUGUGAUGGAUGAUAGGAAGUCUGACUUUAAUAUUGAUGCAUAUGAAAAUUCUGUGAAAAAGAGUCCUGCAUUUUUAGAUGUGAACACGGUACCCUUCAUGAGGACCAACAGCUUUGCAGAUGAGCUUGACCUGGAGGGUGAAACAUUGCUGACCCCAAUAACUCACAUCUCACAGCUGCGAGAACACCACCGUGCUGCCAUUAAGGUGAUACGACGGAUGCAGUACUUUGUGGCAAAGAAAAAAUUUCAGCAAGCUAGAAAACCUUAUGAUGUACGAGAUGUUAUUGAACAGUAUUCUCAGGGUCAUCUCAACUUGAUGGUACGAAUCAAAGAGUUGCAAAGAAGGUUGGACCAAUCUAUAGGGAAGCCAUCUCUUUUUAUUUCUGUCUCAGAAAAAAGCAAAGACCGAGGGACUAACACGAUUGGUGCAAGGCUGAACAGAGUGGAAGACAAGGUAAUGCAAAUGGACCAGAAAUUGAACCUCAUUACAGAUAUGCUGCAUCACCUGGUUUCCAAUCAGCAGGAUGGCCAAAGCAGUAACGGAUCAUCUCAAAGAAGCAACACCGUUAACUCAGAUUUCUUCCUCCCUAACAACACCCUCCCUACUUAUGAACAACUGACAGUACCAAGAAGAAUCCAAGAUGACAUAUCCUGAUAUGGUAGAAAUACAGGCGGUUGUUUUUUCCCUUUUUAAAUGGAACUGAAGGUUGUGAAUCUGGAAAGAGUUAAAUUUAUCAGCCAUAUGGAACACACAUGACUACUGUACCAAUGUUUCUAGCCUCCGAAACACUCCUUCCAAAGACACUCACUCAUAUCAGAUGAAGGUUUAUCAAGCUAACACACCUCAAGGCCUCUGUGCUGUGUUGUUUUAACACAGUACAUUCGUAAGUUCCAUUUUUAUUUUGUUCAAGAACAGUCGAGUGCAAUUCAUCAUGGCACUACAAGACCAAAACAAUAUAGAAGACAGGCAAAAUUGCAAGGAAUUUAUGGCUCCUUUUAAAGGAAAUAUAGUAAUACUUGAAUUUAGAUAGCAAUGUGUGCAUUCUGUUUAUGAAUCUACUGAUAGCAAUAUAGUUUUACUAGUUAGAUUUUAAAGCAAAAUGGGGUAACUUAUGUUGAUUUUAUUGUAUAAACAUACCACUGACAUUCUAGACAAUGACAAACCGCACAGUGAAUUAUUUUCUUUUUUCUGUUACAUAAACACUUACCAGAUAAUGACUAGAUUUUCUUUUUAAUCUGUUUUUCUUCAGGGAAGAAGUAGUGGUUAAUCUGAAACAAUACUGUUUAUAGAGGAAAGUGCUAUAGAUUUUUUUAAGAUAUGAAGUUUUCAUGGGAGAAGGAUAAAAUAUUGCAAUGGAAAAAAAAUAAUUCUGCUUUCUAGAAAACUGCUGCCAAAGAGUUUAUAUAUAAAUGUUAACACAACUAUCUAAAUGUGCUUUUCCAGAAAGAUCUUUUAAAAACGAGUGUUCACUGCUUUUAUAUUUUUUCUAUAUCUAAUUUUUGUAGCAUUACUUCCAAAAAUGUUACAAGUAAAUACAUGCAAAAGUCUAAAGCAACUGGAUCUUGUUGGUCAAGUGCUUGAAUCUGCCAGUUAUGGAGCAUCUACAACUCCCAUAGGAACCGAGGCCCCAAUUCAGAAAUGCAUCUGUAGUCGGUACAGCAUGUAAGUGCAUACAUUAAGUCCUUAAGCAUGUUUUUCCUGACUAGGGAUAGACUUAAGCAUGUGCCUAAGUGCUUUCCUGAAUCAGGGACUCAAAACACUCAGCUCCCAACAGGAGACACUCAAACCCCCCAAAGGCUUAGACCCUAAUUUAGGGGACCAAGGCCAUUAAAACUAAAGACUCACAUUGACUUGGUCAUUCAGGCUCCAAAUCCUGCUUGUCACACUCAUACAAGUAGUCCCUGCU